CACUUCCUCCUCCAGUCCUCAGCCGACCUCCACCACCUCCUCGCGUGUGUGCGUGCGUGUGCCCUCGAAUUGCGUGCAAAGUGCGAGCAAGUGCGUUUUCUGCACCACCACCACCACCACCAUCACCAUGGGUCUGAAGGACGUGAGUUACUCCGGGGUAGGUUCGUCCCCUGAGGCAGUACGAUGCGUCACCUACACACUCAUCUCACUCAACGUGGUCUUCAUCGUCCUCGGCGCGGCCAUGGUGUCCCUGGGGUUCUGGAUCACGCUGGACACAACCUUCAAGUACUGGGUGCAGGACUUAGGUAUGGAGCACUACUGGACCGGGGUGUACAUUCUCAUGGCGGCCGGCGCGUUGGUCAUGCUUCAGUCCUUCUUCGGCAUCUGCGGAGCCUACCAGCGGAGGAUUGGCAUGCUGGGGGCGUUCAUGGUCCUGCUGGUGCUCUGCGUGUGCUUGGAGUUGGCGGGCGCGGGGUACAUGCUGGCUAACGGGAUACGCGCCUCCAGCAUCGAACCUUGGCUGGAGAGGAGGUUCCUGUAUUACGUGGACGUCUUUGACCAUGAUGAGCCCGCCGCCAGGAUUAUGAACAUUAUACAGGAGUGGGUGGGCUGCUGCGGGGCCUUCGGGACGCUGGACUACAUCAAGUGGAACAAAGUGAUCCCGACCACCUGUUACAACCCCGUCACCGGCAACGCUUGGUACGUGCAGGACAUUGGGUACAUGGGGUGUGUGCGUGGUUUUACCUCGUACCUGGAGAGCCGCAGUGGAUGGAUCGCGGGCGUGGCGCUCUUCCUCGUCUUCUUCCAGAUCUUCGGAAUCGUGGCUGCCUGGUGUAUGAUAAGCCUCAAGUACAACCACCGCAAGAGUACCGACAACAUGCUGGACCGUGGCUACUGAGCUCCACCCCCGAACUGACGCCCCCAGCCCUCCCCCGAGCCUUAUAUACCCUCCCCUCCCUCCCUCCCGGACCUCGGACUUGAGCCUAAAACAAAGGGCCAAGCAAGGUUUUUGUCCUAAGAGUUUUUCCUAAGAGUAAUGUUAAGAGUUUUGUCCUAAGAGUAAUUUUAAGAGUAAUUUUGAGAGUAUUCUUAAGAUUUUUUUUACGUAGAUGAUGUAUUGCAUGAUUUUUAUAUAUUUUAUUAGUGUUUUCUUGUAGUUUCCUUAUUUAUUUAGUUUUUGUUCUUUAAUUUAGUAUAUAGGGAAUCUGGAGAGAGAGAGAGAGAGAGAGAGAGAGAGAGAGAGAGAGAGAGAGAGAGAGAACUCGAAUCUGGGUUUUCACUCUCGUAACUGAGUAGAAGUAGAAGUAGAAGAAGAGUAGAAAACGAGAAAUAUCACUUCAAUCUCGGUCUCUUUUUCUUAACUGAGUAGAGAACGGAAAAGAAAACAUGAUUAUGGUUUCUUUUUCCUUUAAUAUAUAAUAGAAAACGAGAAAUAUCACUUCACUCUGGUUUUCUUUUUUCCUAACAAAGUAGAAAACGGGAAAGAAAACUUGGAUUUGGGUUUCUUGUCCCUGAAUUGUAAAGCUGAGAAAGAGAAAGAAAACUUGAGUCCGGGUUCUCGUUUUCUUAAUUUGCCAGAAAACGGAAAAAGUAAAAGUAAAAAAAAUAGUGAAAAGUAGUUUGUUUUUUCCUUUCAGUGUAAAAAAAAAAUAAUCCUGGUUUUCUUUCCCUUAAUGAAAAAAUAAGAAACCUAGAGUGUGUUUUCAUUUCUCUUCAUUAAGUAGAAAACGCCUUAAUUGCCCUUGUAGACGAACUGAUGACUGUAUUUUUGUAUCAUUUAUAAGCCCACAGUAUUAUAUUGUAGCUCAUGUAGUGUUGUAUUAAUAAAGUAGUGCAUUGCG